CUCCAACGAACGCUAUCACUUUCAUCAUUCUGCAUACAUAACCCACAUACACAGAGAAGAUUGACAUCAUGCGCGGUAUUGAAAGCAUCAGCAGCCCCCCUUCACUGGGUCAGAAUGGACACUCAGUGAAUGAAACGAGUCCGAAAGAAAAUGGUGUCCCACAGCAGCAGCCCACAGCGAACAGCUGGAAUGGGACAACUGUGAAAGCCAAAGACCCGUAUGCACUGAUGCGCGACUGCAACGCAAACUCGCGACUCACGGCGCAGCAUUAUCUCUGGAAAGAACUACUCGGGUUCUUGGUUCACCCCGACAUCGACACUCGGGCUGCAGACUUGCGAGUCGCUGAUGUCGCUACUGGCAAUGGCAUCUGGCUUCACGAUUUCGCUCGCGGAAAACCCCCAUCCGUGGAUCUUCACGGCUUCGAUAUCAGUCUGGACCAAGUCGGCCCGAAGCCCUGGCUGCCCGCCAACAUCCACAUGCAUAUCUGGAAUAUCUUUGAAGAUGUGCCGGACGAGUUCGUGGGCUACUUCGACAUUGUACACGUGCGGUUGAUCACGGUUGUGGUCAAGAACAACGAUCCCCGGCCAAUUUUAGCAAACCUGCACAAGCUACUGAGACCCGGGGGCUACCUGCAAUGGGACGAGGUGGAUACCAUUGGAUGUUCGAUCAAGACUGUACCGGGGGUUUCGGCGCAGAAUCUUGAUACCCUCUUCUCGCAGCUGAAGGGUCAUGAUACGUGGAAAUACGAGCUCACGCAAACCAUGGAUGCAAACGGAUAUACUGGCUCAAGGCUGUAUACCUACGAGUACGGACUCGGCACGGCCCGGUUCUGGAGUGACGUAUAUGUGAGCACGUGGAAAGAAUUUGCAGACAACGCACUCAAGACUCCGGAGGCUUCCAAACAGUUGGAGCGGAAUGCGAUGAUGGAGACUUUGAAUGGUGCUUCGAUCAUGGUCCCGAAAUUGGUAUGGGUGACGAGAAAACUUUGAUGCAAUUGAGUGGUUGGUGGUGUAGAAGCGGGAAAUUUCUUGAUGUGUAUAGGUUACGAUCUGAGUACGUAGUAGAUGCAGGC